UCUCGUUUGACACGAGAAUUGAAACUGCAAUGGCCGCCAAACAAGAUUGGGCAUAACUUGUUGUCGAAUUUUUCCUUAUAGUUUCUAAUAUCUUUAAUAAUUGAAAGCAAAGUUAAUGCAGCAUCUGAAAUUCAGAUAUUAUCUAUCUAAUUAAUUGAAUGACACAUCGAUUUGCGAAUUAGAUUUUCAGAAAUAUUAAGACAAGUUGUCGUAGGCAAGGAAGCUUUGCAUUUUCUUGUUCCAUAAUGAAGGUGACAGGGAUCGUACCUGCUAGGUUUCUGACAAUUAUCUCGCAUCUAGUGCUUGUUAUUGUAAUAUUUUGGUCUCGGAGACCAAAUAUUGAAUCCUGUUUACCCAGGACAUAUACACAGGCAGAAUAUGACAAAAAAGAUUUAGAGAUGAUUAUAGGGCUAUCAGUAGCCCUUGGAUUAUUUGCCAUAGAAUUGGUAGGCUUUUUUGGAGGUCUAACCAUGUUUACAUCACUACAGUGCCUUCUAUCUACAGCAGUUCAUGGUGGGGCAUUUGUUGCCUUGACAUUCUUCUUGUUUGAGAUUUGGCCAUGUGACUGGUACUGGUACAUAUUUGGUGUGUGCAGCGCUUUACCCGGAGUGACUGAAGUGUUUUCCAUCAUAUCUACAUUGAGACAACCUUAGUGAUAUAUAAUUGUAUGUACCAAGAGAAAAAUGUGACAAAUCUUAAAUAACUGACAAAUAAAAUGAAAUGUGUUACAUGAAGGUGGUAAUAUAUAUAUAAAAAAUCUUUGGUGACUCUUCUCAAAAGAUACAGUUGACACUAUUGGAAGUUUCAUGCUGUUUUUUUGCCCCCUGUAUUUUCAACACAACAGUACCUACAGUAAUUUCAUGAAUUAAGAAGUGGACAGUUAAUUUACUGUAUAAUUUGUACUAAGUUUGCAUGAGAAUAAAGACUGAAGUUAUGAAUUUGUAACACUUGCGAGACAGUUUGAUGAUAAACAGCUGUAUUUGAGUAGAUUAAGUAUACAUGUAUUUGAAUUAUUCGUAUUACAUAUUUGAUAACAGUCUUGGAAUGAGGCUAUAUCUUCAAUACAUUCGAAACAAAAGCAAGCAUAAAAGUUACUAUCUUUCGCUGUAAAUUUCGAGCCACAUUUUUGUUUGUAUUUUUAUAAAUGUUGGUUAUCUGAUCAUAGAAUCUCAUAUUUUAUUUUUUGGUAAAUCUACAGGUUGAGUGUGAUAAAGAUUUUUAGGAAUAUUUCAUAUCAGAUAUUUAAAAUGGUUUCUCAUUAAUUAUUAAUAUUAACUUUCCGUCCAUCUUUUAUGUCAGAAAAGAAAACAUAUCAUUGUUGUGUUAUUAUGAUACAUUAUUGUGUUAGAGUAUGUAUUUUAACUUAUUAUCAGAUAUAAUUAUAAGAUAUACAUGUUCUAUGCUCAUCUUUGAGUACAAUAAUUUUUACUUCAGAAAAAAAUUAUUGAUAUCUAUAGAAUUCUUACUGAAUAAUGUCUUAUUCAAAUAAAAGAACAUAGUACAAACUGUGUCUCUAUUCCUAAUAGCAGAUCCUACCUGUUUUUGAAUGACACUAUAAUUAUAUUCAUAAUGUGUCCACUUAUAGUGUGUAGGAUUUAAAGCAUAACAUAUCUACCUUGUGUGAGGUGAAAACAUGUUUAUUUUAUAUUUACAUAAAUUAGAGACUAGAAAUUAUCACUAUUUUCUACAUUUAUACUAUAAAAUUUGAGCAUAGUAUAUCUUUUAUAUAUUUAAGUGUAAUUUUGUGUGUAUAUAGAUGAGCCUAUUAGAGCUAAGAUAGGUUUAGUAACUAGUGUGAAUAAGGGCAGCAAACCUGUUUGCUCAUUUUGAAUUGACAGAAAGUGAAUAAAACAGUGGUUUAUGUUAGUUAUUUAGAGUUGUUGAUGAGAAGACUUAUUACUGUUUAUAAUGUUUCCUUUGAAGUCAAAGCUUGUUCUUGUUUUUUUAAUGUCUAAUUCAAAAACGUUCUGUUGUUGGUCCACCAUACAAGUUUUUCCUGGAUAUCUGAAUUGUAAUUACAUUGUAUCAGUUUCUCUGCAAGCGACUGACUAACCCCUUUAACCCCAAAUGAUUUAUGAUUUAGACAAAUUGUUAGUAAUAAUUUUGAUUAUAAUAAUUUAUUUUUUGAAAUUUGGAAUGCAUGUUAAUUAUUUUAUAAUAUGCAUGUAAAGCAAAUUGUUAAAGUAAAGAUGAAAUCAUAAUUUUUGUGAGAUCAAUAUUUCUUUUUCAGGUUUUCAUUUUUAAAUAACAAAAUAAUAUGGGAUGUGUCUAAUUAUGUAACAAUCAUUAUUUAAGAUAUGAAAUUAAGCAUUAUUUAUAUCCAGGUCUGGUAAGCAUUGAACUUGCUGGAACAGAAAGUGAUUAAAUUGGUCAUCAGUACAGAGCCAUGUCAGCAAGCACAUCUGUGCAAUCUGGCCACACAUUACACUCUUAGUAAAAAUUUUGUAUUUUGAUACUGACAUCCCUUUAACUUCCAAAAUAGAAGCUUGACAAGUCCAUUACACAAAUACAUGUACAUCAGGUUAAGAGAAUAUUUUAAUAAAAUGCUUGAUACUGUGUAAUGAUGAUUCUUUAACAACUUCUUUAAAGUUACAUAUGACCUUAACAUAAUGUAUAAAUGUGAUUAUAUUAUAUUGAUAGAAAGGCUGUCUAGUGUUAGAAUUGAUUUUACUAUGCAAUUGUAAAUAAAUAUAUUUAUAACAA